AGAGGGGUCCGGCACCUUGUCCGCGGGGUCCCGGCGCCCGCCCGCCCAGCACCGGCAAACCCCGGCGGCGGGGGGGGCACCGACCGACCCCGCGAGCCCGGCGCGCCGGCCCCCGCGGGCUUGUGUGUCUCCCCGAGAAGGGAGCGAGUCCCCGCGGGCAGGGCUGGCCGGCCGUCCCUCCCCGCUGGCUUCGGGGCGUCCCUGCCCCGCUGUUCCCGGCGGGGUCCCGCUGUGCCCCGCUCCUCUCCAGGGGGUCCCGCUGUCGCCCCGCUCCAGCGCUCAGGACAACACGAAGCCAGAGCGGGCAGAGCCCCCGGCCGUCCCCGCUGUCCCUCCUCACGUUCCCCGCCCAGCCGAGGGUCCGUCAGCUCCCGGCUCUGCCGCAGCCUGGGUUCCCCAUCCGACCCGCUCAUUCCCGGAUCACCGGCGCCGGGACGGGUCCCUGUUCGCGGGAGGAGUCCCCCCGCGCUGCCUGACCCGUCCCCCCGUGUCCUGCCCCAGGGCUGUUUGUGCUGGAGCACCACAGCCUGCCCCACGCCAGGUCGGCUUUCCUGACCCCGGAGCAGCUGGGAGGGAUCCAGUUCGACCUGCAGCUGCUGUGGAGCGCUCAGACCUUCGACUCGCCCUCCCAGCUCUGGAGAGCGACCAGCUCCUACAACAGGAAGGACUACUCCGGCGAGCACAGCAUCUCUUCUAGAAGAGGCGCACUGCCGGACCGCAUCCUCACUAACAGGGAGGGGCUGGAUGAAGCGGUAAAGGUUGAGGGCUGCCUUGGCUGCAGCGCCCAUGAGAUGGUGGAGUUCAGGAUCUCGUGUGGCCGGAGCAGGACAGAAGCAGAAUUGCAACCCUGGAUUUCAGCAAGGCAAACUUUGGCCUUUUCAGGCAAUCGCUGGGGGAAAUCCCAGGGGCAAGUCUGCUUGAAGGUAAAGGGGCCCAAGAUAGUUGGUUAGUGUUCAGGGACUGUUUCUACCGGGCGCAAGAUGAGAGCGUCCCGACACGUAGGAAGCCAAGGAAGGGAGCCAGGAGCCCUGCGUGGCUAAACAGGAACUGCUGGGUAAGCUCAAGUGGAAGAGAAGAGUUUCUAGAUCAUGGAAGGAGGGGCUGGCCACUUGGGGAGAACGUCAGGCUGUUGUCAGAGGGCGUAGGGAGGCAACUAGGAAAGCUGAGGCCUCCUUAGAAUUACACCUGGCGAGAGGGGUCAAGGACAACAGGAAGAGCUUUUUCCAAUGGGUAGCAGAUAAAACUGACAGCAGAGGCAAUGUAGGCCCACUGAGGAACGGGGUGGGUGCCCUGGUGACAGAAGAUCCAGAGAAGGCAGAGUUACUGAAUGCUUCUCUGUCUCUGCCUGCCCUGCCGGCGGCUGUCCUGAGGAUCCCGCACCGCUGAGGCCCCAGAGGAGGGCAGGACAGUGGAGCAGUCUGCCUGGUUGAUGAGGACCGGCUUAGGGAGCAGCUGGCAGUCAUCCAUAAAUCCAGGGGUCUGGACGGGAUGCACCCGCGGGUGCUGAGGGAGCUGCCUGAGGCCAUUGCUGGACCGCUCUCCAUCAUCUUUGCCGAGUCUUGGGAAGCGGGAGAGGUGCCUGAGGACUGGAGGAAAGCAAAUGUCGUCCCUCCUUGAGGGAGUGCGGUCUGGAUGAGCGGGCGGUGAGGUGGACUGGGAACUGGCUGAAGGGAAGAAGCCAGAGAGUCGUGGUCAAUGGGGCAGAGUCCAGCUGAAGCCUGUAUCCAGUGCAGUGCCUCAGGGGGCAGUGCUGGGGCCGGGACUGUUCAAUAUAUUCAUCAAUGAUUUGGACGAGGGAACAGAGUGACUGUCAGCAAGUUUGCUGAUGACACCGAGCCGGGAGCAGUGGUGACACUGGAAGCUGUGCUGCCAUCAGAGACCUGGACAGGCUGGAGAGGUGGGCAGGGAAAAAGGUUCUUGAUCCCCAUCGCCUUCCAGCAGACAAACCGCCCGGUUCCUGUCGUCUGCUCCCUGAACACGGAGUUCCAGCUCUGCAACAACGAGAAGGUGUUUCUGAUGGAUGCCACCAAACCCGGAAUGUCCCUGGCAGAAAUGGAUUACAAAGGGGCUUUUUCAAAGGGGCAAAUCCUUUACGGCCGCGUGCUCUGGAACCCCGGACAGAACCUGAACGCCGCCUACGAGCUGCAGCUGGAAAAGGUCUAUCUGUGCACGGGCAAGGACGGGCACGUGCCUUUCUUCGACCCGACCGGCACCGUCUAUAACGAGGGGCCCCGGUACGGCUGCAUCCAGCCCAACAAGCACCUGAAGCACCGAUUCCUGCUCUUGGACCGAACGCAGCCCGAGGUGACCGAUCAGUAUUUCCACGACGUGCCUCUCGACGCCCACUUCGCUUCCGACCUGGCCGAGUUCCGCUCCGUCAGCAGCGCGCCCGGAGUCGACGGCUUCACGCUCAGGGUGGACGCUCUCUACAAGGUCCGUGCCCAGGGGGUCGGGGGCCCCAAAACUCCCGUCUCUGCCCGGGACGUCCCGGGUUCACUGGGUGAAUGGCGGGCGCCGGGCCCGACGCCGCGCAGAGACACCGAAUCCGCGCUGGGGAGGCUCUGGCAGGAUUUUAUAUCCCGAUUUCCCCAGACGGGCCGUAUUUGUCCCCCAGUGGCCUGUGUCUGUUGUACCGUAAAUGAACAGCGGAGCCAGGUACCAAACAAACUCUAG